AUGGCCGCUCCAAGCUCCUCCGGGGACAAUUUCUUCGAGAGGGUAACGAAUCCCUACUUGUCGGAGGUGACGAAGCACCCUCAAGCCAUUGAGUUGCGUGAGGGGGUGCUCCACAUCCGAGAUGUUCAAUGGCCCAAGAUGAUGAGAAGCAUGGAGGCCAGGCUCGAGGCGAUGGAGCAGGAGAUCUUCAAGUGCCAAGGGAUGGUGGAGCAUGGACUCAGUGCCAAUCACUCCAUGAUCACAGAAUUCACCUGUGAUCGCAAGGUGGAUGGUCGGUCUAUGAAGGACAUCGUCUUCACCUUCAAUGAGCAAAUCAAUUUUCCGCAAAGCCAAAUCUAUGAUCUCCAAGAUCAGGUUUUUGAGUAUGAAGCAAGAUUUAGAGGUAUGAGUUUAGCUGCCAGUUGCAGGACUCAGGAGACUCGUGCUUCCUCUUAUGAUGGUGAACCGCUGCCAUGGAAGCCGGAGGACAAGUUUGCCUCUACCUCAUCACCACCACCAUCACCAAAGAAGGAGACUUAA